AUGCCGUCACCAAGCUCACAGAAAAGAUCAGCACGACGACUCCCAAGCCGGCUCCGAGAGACAGGUGCGGAACCUACGGGACACCUACAAGCCUUGCGUGAGGAAGCAGUAGAACGAGCCAGAAGUCGACAAGCACAACAGCAGGACGGAGGAGACGAAAGUGACUGGUGGCAUACCUGGAGUUGGUGGUCUCCACACUCUCAGGAAUGGCAAUGGCAGACCUCGGACGGUACCAAGGCAACAGAUGGAGACGCACAGGGAUGGGGGGUGAACGUCAUGAAUACGCAGGCCGCAACAAGACGAACACAGUCCAUGGAGGGACUACUCAACGAGUUGGCUACCGGCGUUGCGGCAAGUUCGAGAAGGAAAGAGGCCAAGCGGUCCACACCCACGACAACGACGAAUGAGACCUCCAGGCUGGAUCUACGGGAGACGACGCACCAGGAGGCUGAGCACCCAAGCUCUUCUUUCCAGCCUGGAAGUGACAGUGCCUCCUCCAAUGCUCCUGUUGGGGGGGUGCACUACCCUGCCUCCGGUAAGGUUAGUGGUCUCCACACCUCACCUGCGAGCACUUCAACAUGCGGGUUGACACUCACUACCAUCCAGAAGAUUGAAGAACCUCCACUUGAUCAUGAUUCUCCCGAUGCAGGGCCGAUGAAGGCUCCAACUGCAUCGAGCCGAUGUUCCGAGGAGCAGGAGACCAGACAACGGUCAUCUGCUGCUAGGAGAUCCAGCACCAUAGAGCCACGGCCCGAGGAAAGAACACGAUCGUCUGCAGCCCGGAGGGCUAGUACCAUUGAGCCACGGCCCCAUCUACUCCUGGUACAAGCGCCACUAGAGGUGAGAGAGGUCAAGCACCGUCUACUUAGGGAAGCGAAAUCGGCAGUGCUCAGGCUGAUUCCGCAUGGAGACGACCUUCAUACUUUCCUCAACGGCUACUUCAGGCGGCACCAUGCAACGUACCACGCCAACCCGGUGAACAUGCCCUCGUGUGGGAACUGGAUAUGGUCGCUUACUGCAGCAUUGAUGACAAGGCCGGAAUACCACCCCAACGUCUGGAGGCGUAGCCACGCGGGAAAACUGGGCGACGCGGUAGAGGGAUAUCUGUACACGUUAUACCAGAGCCAGACGGCGGGGAACCUUGCCUUGCUGGCCACCUAUGGGGAGGCUGCAAAGUACCUCCACGACCUGAUGCAAGGAAUCCCGCACGCCAUCUACUACCGCCUGAGCUGGAGGCAGUCACUUGACUCGCUCACGGAGAUUCUCGAACCAUGGAUAGGAGCAGCGUCUACACAGGACAUGCGGUCCUCGCACCCCGUCCUGACACUGGCGAUACUCGACCGCAAUGAAUCCACAGCCGUGACAGUUGAGGCGGAAAACACAGGGCUGGACAAGCAGCAGACAAUGAACAGGAGGGAGGAGAGACAUGGACCUCAUGGAAAAGAUGGGAGUGGAGAAACACUCCCCAUCGACCACAUAGAGGGGGCAGGCCCUUCUAACUCUGGUGAAGCUGGUGGUCUCCACACUUCACCCGUGGUCGGCCUGGUACCUGAGCCAAUGCUCACAACCCUCAAAAAGCAGGCGGAGCCUCCACUUACUCUUGAUCUCCUCGUUGCACCGCAGACACAGAUGCCAGCUGCUUCGAGCCAGGGCCUUGGAGAGCAAGAGGCCAAUCCGCGAUCGACUGCAGCUAGGAGGUCCAAUACCAAUGAACCACGACCAGAAGCAAGACAACGAUCGUCUGCUGCACGGAGGGCUAGUACAGUGGAACCACGGCCCCAUCUACUCCUAGCACAAGCACCAGAGGAGGUACGACACGUUAAGCAGCGCCUACUUCAGGAAGCGAAAUCUGCAGUGGUCAAGCUCAUUCCGCAUGGAGACGAUCUCCACAACUUCCUCCACGGCUACUUCAGGCAGCAUCAUGCGACGUAUCACACCAGCCCGAUGAACAUGCCCGCCUGCGGAAACUGGAUUUGGUCGCUCACAGCGGCUUUGAUGACAAGGCCGGAGAGCCACCCCAAUGUCUGGACACGCAGGCAGGCGGGCAAGCUGGGUGACGCGGUUGAGGGCUAUCUCUACACGUUGUACCAGAAACAGACGGUGGAGAGUCUUGCCCUGCUGGCCAUCUACGGGGAGGCAGCGAGGCACCUCCACGACCUAAUGCAAGGAAUCCCACAUGCUAUUUACUACCGCCUAAGCUGGCGGCAGUCGCUCGACACGCUCGAAGAGCUCCUCGAGCCGUGGAUAGGAGUGUCAGAUGCACAGGACAAGCGGUCUCCGCGUCCUGAGGUGCCACUGUCAAUUCUCGACAGCAAAAAAGGGCCAUGCAAUCAGCUUGCGACACAAACUGCUGCCUGUACACCUUUCACAUCAAAUGUCGCAAAUGGCGACUACGACCGACCGUCAGACGCAGACACCUACGAGGCAGGAGGUGGGGCGCAGCAACGUCUCAAGGUCCUGUCCAUCAAUGUUAACAGCCUAAGCGGGUUCCUCUGGGGUGAAGUCAAGGCGUUUCUUGGUGGAGAGGGCCUGCAGUAUGACUUCAUAUUCCUACAGGAAACGCAUCGCACUGCCUUUUGCGCAUUCAAGGUUGAUAACUGGAUGGCAGUUGGCUCCUCAACAAAACGGGGAGAGGGUGUGCUCACACUGGUUCAUCCUCGUUACGAUGCCUCCAUGGUUCGUUACCAGGAGAUAAUCCCAGGCAGAGUUCUAAGAGUGAAGGUAUGCCACAAAGAGGCAGCCAUCGAAACACUUAACAUAUACCAACAUGUUUGGAUACACACGGAUGAUCCGGAACAAAACAAACAGAGGCGGCAAACCCUGCUCGAUAAGUGCACUGCCACAAUACAGGGCAUGGCUAGAAGAGAUACCCUGAUUCUAGCGGGAGAUUUUAACUCAGAGGUACACGCAGUAAACGGAUUGAUCGGGACACGCGUGAACCGCUCGGCCUAUCACCAAGCCCUUGACCCACUCACAUUUCCAAGAUUCAUACAAGACAACGCCCUGGUUGCUCUAAACACUUGGCAUAUGAAGGACCCAUGCACCAACCACACCCGUACGGGCAACUCACAGAUUGACUAUAUCCUUGUGCGCGCACCAAGUGCUGACACCAGAGCGAAGCAAGUAGUCAAACAAGAGGCACCCUUUGGGGCGUGGAAAGAGCUCACACACUCGGCCCUCAUUGCUGAUGUCCGAAUCAUCAAGCACUUCCACUUGCCCAAGGCCAAAAUGCAACAGGAACUACAAUACUCGAGACAUGACCUUGACUACGCGUAUCGCCAGAAGGAUCACCGAAUCACACAAUUAAAGAGUAAAGUGGAGUUGGAGAUAAAUCACAGCUUGAACAACGGCCUCCCACUGACUGCAGAUCACAUCAAUCACACACUACUGCGUGAGGUCUCUGACCUCUUCCCAACAGCUACAUCAGCACACACCAAUCGAGGCCAAACCAAAGCACAGUGCAAAGCCAUCUUCGCUGCGUGGAAAGAGCUGUUGACCCACCCUGACGAAGUAGGUGGCUCGACCAUCACACUGCCUGCCCGCGUCUACCACAUGUGGCAGAGACGUAGGGAUCUUCAGCGAUGCAAGCCAUUCACCCUGUCAGGAGUGCUUCGCACAUGGCAAUGGGUGCUCCUCUUCAACAAGGCAGGACGGCAGAGCAAGCAAUAUCAUCUACAGAAUCAACGGGCCAUAGCACUGGGGCACUUACAGCAAGCUGAAAGGGCCGCUCAGACGCAUAACACGAAGCGUCUCUAUGGUGCAGUCAAGCGACUCCUGCCCUGGCAGCCCAAGCCCAGGAUCAUGCUUAAGCACCCGGAUGGAUCACCCAUGUCUCUGCACCAGGAACACCAAGCACUUGUCCAACACUGCAAACAACUCUUCGCUCCCCCGGCGGCAUCUCCCACUCGACCAGGCCAGAUGCUUAGCAUGCCUUUGACUGCCUGUGAAUGGACGACACAGCUCAAAUGUACUCCUAUAGGCAAGGCCGUGCCUGCGGACUCCGCUCCGGCCACAGCGUGGAAGGCCUGCGCGACAAUUGUGGCGCCAGCCAUGGCCUGCAUAGCCAAAGGCCUACUCAGACCGGAUGGCAAGGCGUUUGCAGGCCACAUCAAAAAUCAGCUACUGAUGCAGGCCUGCGCCAGCCUUACUCACACUCCACAGUAUGCAUACCUUCCGGCACGGGACACGUCGGAUGCGCUAGCAAGGGUCAACGCAUGCAUACAUGACAUCAAGGACAGUCUUAAGGCCUUGGGUGGGAAUAGGUUCCUGACGAGACAGCGCAAAGAAACUGGACAGGUCAAAGGCGAAUCAGGAGGGUGCCUCCUGUCAGUCGACCUCAGCCAAGCUUUUGAUCGUGUCAACCGUGCAAAACUAGAUAGAGCGUUGGCGCUCCACCAGGUUGAUGCUGACCUUAGAUCUACCGUCACCGCCAUCCACGAGCAGGCUGCUUACCAGGUCAGGGAUAAAUUUCACCGGACAGACAUCUGCACGACGCAAGGAAUUCGCCAGGGAUGUCGACUAGCACCAGCCCUAUGGGCCGUGCUGUCGUCUCAGUUACUCUGGGAUCUUACUCCCGCUGGUCAAACGCCGCUGCAGCUUCCAUUCACGUUGUUCGCCGAUGACCAUUUAGGCCAUUGGCUUCUCAAAACGGUGGAUGAUGCCAAGCAAAUGGAGGAGACGAUAGUGGCGCUUUUUCACAUGUUGGAAACAUACGGGCUCAAGGUUAAUCCGGAUAAAUCCAGUUUGGUCAUUCGGGUCCAGGGAGCGCAACUUGAAAAAUUUGUCAAAAGCCGCACGGUUAUAGUUCGCAACCAGGUGAGUAAUCAGACGCUGAGAGAAACCUACAACCUGAAGGAUCCUGUACACAUGCUGACGGAACGCAUUGCGCGCAAACUUGAUGCUAUGCAACAAGGGAUGGACGUUGCGAUUUACCUCAAAUCACCUACUCAAGAUGAGAUGCAAUUGCACAUACAGCACAUGUCCAUGCUUGCCAAGACACGAUGGGAGACCACGCCGGAGCAACAGAUGGCGGCAGUGUGGGGCCUCAGCUCACCACUGGCGACGACGCCUACACCACAGAGACAAGCGUCCGUCAGACACAGACUGCCGCAAGGGACGCCGCAAAAGUAUCGAAAGGGCAUGGGCAAGGGCGCAGGCAAGGCAGCUCCCAAGGCAAAACGGGAUCGGGAUCAGGAAGCAGAAGACGAGUUGAUGAUGGACCUGGAGUCGCUGGACGAGGAGACGGUGAGAACGGCCUUGAAAACCUUGGUCAAAACAGCACUCAGACACGAGCACCAACUGACGAUCUUGGAGGCAGACCGGAGCUACGUGUUCUUCCUGGACACGACGAACCACGGCAUUGUCUCCAUGUUGAUCCAGGCCAGCGCAACAUGGAACACAAAGUUCGAGGAAGGCACGGUCAACACCUCGCUGAGGGCCACGCUAUGGGGAGUACUACUCAUGGAAUGGAAAGCACGCCUCGAGAAAAUCGAGUCCGACGCCAAGGUACUACAGGUAGCAGAAACAGCAGGAUGGGCAACGCGGUCUCCGCUCCAGUGGAUCUACAACGAGUGGAACCCGGUACAGAAAAAGGCGCUACCAUCAAGUCGGGACAACCUCACUCACGAGGACGCAAAAAAGGCAGUCAACCAGCUCAUCACAAACACCGCCAAGGACAACACGGUGCACCGGUUCCAAAGCCUACGACCACUGAAGCCGGACCUGCAGGCGGAAGUGAUCACCAUGGUCCUGACACUCACCGUCCAUCAACAGGCGGCAGCCGUUUACCACGACCUGGACCUCUUGGCAAACAACUGCGCGGGCAAGCUGAUCGGUCUACGCUUGAGACGGGAGCGAGUGGGCAAGACGACGCUCACCAAGGAGCUCGAGAGACUGCAGAUCUAA